UACAGCCCUAUUCAACUCUUUUUUGAACAUGUACCACAUGUCUCCACGGAUCUUUUACUGGGCGCCCUGAGUUAGAAGUUACAAUAACUGGCAACAUGGUCCUGAAUGAGUGAUCCCUGUUCAAGGCUGGUUUCAGCCUUGCAUACAAUACUCCCAAGGAUAAGCUCAAGAAUGUGACAACCCUCAGUGGAUGGAUUGGUACAUUUAAAUAGACUCUGGAAUUCCCCAACAAUGAAACUGAAUUAAGCAGAAUCAAACAAUAAACACAUGAUUGGAUCUGUAAGAGUGUACAAAAUGCUUUGCUUCUCCUAUGAGAAGUGCAGUGUUACAAAUGAAUGAAAUAUUGAUUUUGGAAUAUAUGUACAGUACAGAGGCAUUUGAAUAUACUGUGUUAGUAGUAAAGCAGUUUAAUUUGUUUACCUCUGUUAUGAUAAACAUAUGCUUGUAAUAAUUAUUUACAUUCAUUUUCUAGGUUCCAAGCCCAAAAUGAAAAUAAAGCACACAGCAAAAAUGGAACAAUGUACUCACCAUAAUCCACGUGUGCAGGAAGAAGGCAGCCAAAGUGUCUCAACAGCUGUUCAGGACAAGGAGAUCACUUCAAGUCUUGUAUCACCAAUGCAGCUUCCAGUUUUUGAAAACCAAAUAAGUAAAAAAAAAUCUAACUAUAAGGAGCUUCAAGGCAGCAGUCCUGACGUAAACCUAGGCAGAAUCACAAAGAGGCGCCGAAAGCUUUUACUGAAGAGUAGCCCUUUGCCUCUACCUAUUACCAACACCACAUUGGGGUUGCCUUCUGUCUUGCAAAAAAAUAAAAAUUUGAGUCGACUGUAUAAAAUACAGGAAGAAAGGAAACAACUUAUGAGAGAGGUCUGCACAAAAUACAAAAGCAGCAGCAAAAGAACCAUCACACCUUAUCAUGUCGCCCGGAUAUUUGUGGAAGAUAAACAUAAACUUUUAUAUUGUGAAGUGCCCAAGGCAGGGUGCUCAAACUGGAAGCGAGUUUUGAUGGUUCUUAAUGGACUUGCUUCAUCGACAAAGGAUAUCCAGCACAACACAGUGCAUUAUGGAAACCACCUAAAAAGGUUAGACAGUUUUGAUAGGAAGGGGAUUAGUCACAGACUCGACACAUACACAAAAGUUCUUUUUGUCAGAGAACCUUUUGAAAGGCUGGUAUCUGCUUUCCGGGACAAAUUUGAACACCCUAACAGCUAUUAUCACCCUAUUUUUGGAAAGCCAAUCAUUUCAAAAUAUCGUGCUAAUGCUUCCCGGGCAGCACUCAGGACAGGUGCGGGUGUGACCUUCAAAGAGUUCAUUCAGUAUCUCCUUGAUGUUCACAAGCCAGUGGGCAUGGACAUUCACUGGGAUCAUGUUAGCCGACUCUGUAGUCCUUGCCUUAUCAAUUAUGACUUUAUAGGCAAGUUUGAAACCAUGGAGGAGGACGCCAACUUUGUACUCCACAUGAUUGGUGCCCCAAAGAACUUGACUUUUCCUAGCUUCAAAGACAGGCACUCCAGUGAGGAGAGGACCACGAUAAAAAUUACCCAGCAAUACUUUGCACAGCUAGCACCAGUGGAAAGACAAAGUGCCUAUGAUUUCUAUUACAUGGACUACCUAAUAUUUAAUUACUCCAAGCCUUUUAAUGAUUUGUAUUAAUUUUUUUUGUAACAAAGCUGAACAUGCUGCAUUUUUUUUCUGCUGUUAACGGAAACUGAUAAAUCCAACAAAUCAGAGGUGACUUGCCUCUGCGAACUUGGCCCAAUAGAAAAGACAUGGGCAAGCUGCAUUUAGGCAGGUAUUAAUAUAAAUUAAAUCAUUCAGAUUCCUUUAAUACUGUAUGAUCUUCACUUCCACUUUAUGAUCGCAGUGUCCUGCUCCACAAUGCUGGUUUUGCUAGACAAUCACUUUCUUGUCAGUAAAAUUAAAAACAUACUAAAAAACAUAAGCAAACCAGUCAACCUCAUGAGUGCACUGGUGCCUGGAGAGAAUAAAAAAGAAAUACAUUCAGAUGAAUCAGGAGUGCCUUUCAUACCUCUGGCACCCUCUCCAAAAACAAAUCAGCUGCAAAAUGUAUAUAAAGUUAUGCAAUACUGUAUGUUUUCAAUAUGGGGUAAUUGUCAUACCCUAGAAAUAUAACCAAAAUGGCUGAUGAUCAUGGAAUGUGGAACCGAGCGUUCAUUUUUGCUUUUUGCUAGAUUUAUAAUAUUCUUUUACUGCAAUUUUUAAGGUGAUUUUAAAGUAUUGUAAAUAUAAGUUAAAAUCUUUAAAUGAAGCAAGUAGAAAAAAGUGAAACAUUCCUAAACUAUCAAAUUAUACAGUAUGUUCUAAAAUAUUCAAUCUACCAUUUUGGUGUAUGGCUAAGGUAUAAAAACGUAUAUCUUUGAUCAUCUACUUUUUAUACUCAGAUGUAAAGAAGUUAAGACUAAUUGGACAUUUAAAGUGGCAUCAAAGACUAAAACUAAGUUGUAAAAAAGGGUCAUCUUCCUGCUGUUUUUUUUUUCAAAUUUACUAAAGAAAACCCCAUACUGUAUGGUAUAAAAGCAAUCCAAGUAUUCCAUGCUGACAAUACUAAGAUAUGUUGGAUUUAAGAACCAGUAAAAAAAAUUAAAGUGAUAAGACCAGGGGACAGACCACAGGCAAUGAUAUGGAUCUCGCCCUACCUGUGUGGCCCACAGAGGCAGAUGGCUAUUACUAAGCUGUUUUAGGAUGGCAAGAUCAGAGAUAUUUUAGUUUGAUGCAUGGCACAUUGGUCCUGCACAGUAAUGAAGUGUGAAAUACAAAGUGGUGCCAUAGUGGUUGUCUGCAAAAAGAAUUAAAAGUAUUCCAGAUGAUCACUGAAUCAGCUUGUGACAUGCUGCUUUCCAAUUCAGUCCAACAGUCUGAGGCUUUGAUUCCUGCAAAAGAAAGAAAUAUGCAGUAUGUAAUUACAGCAACUAUUAUUCAAUUCGCUCAACAGAUUGUUAUCUAAAAACAGCAGUGCACUAACACACACAGUUCUGUGCAAGAGAUUCUCUAUAGUUGGCCAGAAUACUUUUAUUAUUUCUUGUGACCUCCAGUGUAGCUUUGUCAGAUAUUUGGAAUGAAAGAGAAAACUUUUGAAGGUAAGAGAAAAAAGAAAUUCACUGUAACUAAAUGUAAUCAACACCAACAAUCCAUACACAGAGGAAUCAUGUUAGCACACUGAUCAGAUUACUAGGGUUUUUCAAAUUUCUCUUUUACAAAAUGACCUGUGGUUGGAGCUGGCAUGGAAUCUAUGUAGGUUUCUUUAGUUUUUUCUGAUAUAACACCUGAUUAUGUAUAUACGAAUGUGUGGAUGGUAUUGAUUUGAGAUGGUGCUGCCCGUUAUCAACAGUAUUGGAAAUUAACAUUAGUUUUGAAGAAAGCAAUGGGUUUGUUUGUUACAUAUUUUUAAUAUAUCAUAAUGGGUGACCAGUGUAGAGGUGUUAUUCAGUAUAGUAACAAACUGCCACUUAUGAGUAUUCUUGUCCAAAGUUACAGUAUAUGUGGAUGGAGUUAAGCUGACAAUGUUUAUAUUGUGGUGAAGAUUUUAUUGUUUUUGAAAUCUGGUGUUCACAUUAAUAUUGUGUAAAAAUGGGUUUAAUCUACUAAAUACUUUUUAACAUUGUUUCUCAGAAAAUAUUUUUGAAAAACUAAUUAAAUUCAAUAAUCUGCUCUGCACUCCUUUAAACCAUAAGUCUUUUGCCUAUAUUGUAUUUGAAGGUAUAUUGUUAUUAAACAUUAGUCCAUAUAUUAGGAAAACUAAAGCAGAUGUUAUACUGUAGAAGCUUAAGAUAUUUAUAUGAACAAAUAUUAAAAACCUCCUUUACGUAAAGUCUAAAAAGGAAUUCAGGACUUUUGAUCCUUACAAGCCCACAUCCCGAUUGAAUCUGAGCAGCUUGCUUACCACCAGGCUUUCGAGAAGUACAUGCCUGACUGACAGUCUAAUCAAUACUGCAGGCAAGUUCUUUGAAGGCUUAAAAAAAAGACAGCAAAAUGUUAGACCAUGUCUCUAAAUAGAUUAACUGGUUUAGGAUAACAGGUUAACAUGGACUGGCAGCCUAAAAUACAUUUUACAUUUACUUAUUUGGCUUAUGCCUUUAUCCAAGGCAACUUACAAAUGUACCACUUCAACAAUUUAGAGCUGGUUAAUGAGAAUUAACACAAAUUUCCAUUUUAGCUUACAUAGCCAUACUACUAUAUUAGAAGUGUUAGAUCCCAUUCUAAUAGGACUAUAUUCACUCACCAUAGCUUAGAGAGGCACCUUUAUUCUUAUUUUUCUCAUUUUGACAGCCUUGCAAUGAAACUAACAUUGUGUCACAAACUGAUCAAGGCAGCUGUCACAAGGUCAAAAAGAAGGUGAACUGUGGAUUGAUGUAUUGGUGAGUGGAAUAAUGGGAUAUUGUUGUAUGA